AUGGCGGUGUGCGUGGGGCUGCAGCUUUUCUUUCAACGAUCGUAUGCGGCGGAUGGGCCUUACCUCGGUGCUUGUGGUGUUUGUUACGCCGACUAUAUCAUUAUUGGUGAGGGCACGUCAGGUCUGGUGGUAGCGAAUCGUCUUUCGGAGGACGCCUCGAUGUCUGUUCUGCCCGACCGUGGCACUAGACUGCAUACCGCGACUAUUGACCCCGAAUGGGCCCGGCGAAGCAGCGCGGAUGUUGCGUAUGGCGCAGUGGCAGCGCAAAGCUCCAAUCUGACCAUCCUGACGGCGGCAACGGUUCAUCGCAUUGUAUUUAACUCGCCAGCGGUCGGGGGCCAGCAUCGAGCGACCGGGGUCUGGGUUGAACUUGCCGAUCAUCCAAAUCCACAGCUUGUUCACGCCAACCAAGAGGUGGUGCUUGCAGCAGGAGUCUUCCAGACUCCCAAACUACUGGAGCUGUCGGGGACUCGGGAUCUGAACCCAGGACUUCAAGCCCUCGCCUUUAUGCGGCUCGACGACCAAGAAUAUCUGCGCCUUGUGGAUCAAUUCCUUUCGUCCGACAGACCGGCAGCUUUGGGGCGAACGCAGGCCGUUGAAUCGGUCCUGGCUAAUCCCAAUGAAGCUUCAGCCUGCCUGUUCUUGGGCAAACUGCCUGGGCCGGUGGUAUUUGUUAUUCUGAUUCCCUGUUAUCUUCUGUCUGUUGGUCAUAUGUAUAUUGCUCCUGCAGAUCCCAAUGUGAAACCCAAUAUUGACCCGCAGUUCUUCUUAUACCUACUAAACUUAGAGCUUAUGGCUUGUUACUGGCAGGUAUUGCAGCAUCUUAUGAUUGCUUUUUUAUUGAAGAAGUUCUUCGAUUGUGGUGCUGCUUUUACUAAGACAAGUUUGGAGAGCACCAAAGCUGUAUUGCGGGAGGCAGUACUUACAACGCACUAUGUUUGCGGAUCUGCUGCUAUGCUACUGUUAGACAAGGGAGCAGUGGUCGAUAAUAUGCUGACUGUGUAUGGGAUAAUAAAUCUGUGUAUGGUAUAUGCCAGUAUCUUUCCUCUGGUGCCCUAUGUGAAUCUGAUUGCAACGGUGUAUGUGGUGGCCGAGCGAGCCGCAUACAUCUCAAGGGCUUGUAGUACUCUUAUUCACCUCUGA